UCCCUGGGGUAUAUAAGAGGCGUGCGCCCCUCAUCACCUCACACACUCACGCCCGCCACCAUGAGGUCCAUAAUCCUGUUGCCCUUGGCGCUGGCGACUGUGAUGGGGGCGGCGACGCCUCUGCACGCCCCCGUACCCGUGCUCUACUCCAAUCUCAACCUGGACGUGCCGGCGCCCGUGCCCGCUGGGGCCGCUCCUCAGGUGGUGGUGCAGCGGUCGUCCGUCAAAGCUCUAGGGCGCCCCGUCCUCUCCCUCACUCCCCAGAUCACCCACGUGCGUCCUCAACUCAAGAUCACCCAGAAGACGUACGACGUCGGCGUGCCCAAGCCCGUCUACACCACCAAGGAAGUCACUCCCAUCCAUCACAAGUACGUGGCUGAGCCCUAUGCCGUGCCCCAGCCCUACGCCGUGCCCCAGCCCUACGCCGUGCCCCAGCCUUACGCCGUACCUGUCCACGUAGCAGCCGUGCCAGCCUUUGCCCCGGCUGCCGUGGGGGCGUACAGUCACGCCCCCAUUGCUGUAGCCUACGGUGCCGCUCCUGCUGCCGUGGCCUACACUCCCGCCAAACCUUAACUGCUGGAGAGCAAGUACACUAAAAAUAUGAGGCGUAGUUGAUGUGGUUGAGUGAGGUGACGAGACGCUGUCCAGGGGAGUCUUGUCACAGUCGCCAUCUAUCCUCAACCCACUGUGGGGAGUGUAUUUGGUCCUCAACCCACUGUGGGGAGUGUAUUUGGUCCUCAACCCACUGUGGGGAGUGUAUUUGGUCCUCAACCCACUGUGGGGAGUGUAUUUGGUCCUCAACCCACUGUGGGGAGUGUAUUUGGUCCUCAACCCACUGUGGGGGGAGUGUAUUUGGUCCUCAACCCACUGUGGGGAGUGUAUUUGGUCCUCAACCCACUGUGGGGAGUGUAU